GCGACCCGAAAGUCACCCGGAAGACUAAGUGCAGUAGGCACGGGCUUGUUCGCCUUCGAUACCUGAGGCGGACCUGGGAGGGGCGCCCACCGAAUGGGGUGAGAGGACAAGGAACCCUUGGGAAGGAGGGAUGCCCGGAUGCUCAGGCCUGUGGCACUGAGCGCUGCGGCGGUGGCGGCGCUGCUGGCCGCCCUGGUGGCUGCCUUGCUUCUGCUGCCGCUUGAGGACGCAGGGCUGGGGGCCAGCUCCAGCAUGGCCGAGACAGAGGCGCUGCCGAAGCUUCGGGAAGACUUCAAGAUGCAGAAUAAAUCCGUCUUUAUUCUGGGCGCCAGUGGGGAAACCGGCAGAGUGCUCUUAAAAGAAAUCCUGGAACAGGGCCUGUUUUCCAGAGUCACAGUCAUUGGCCGGAGGAAACUGACCUUUGAUGAGGAAGCUUAUAAAAAUGUGAAUCAAAAAGUGGUGGACUUUGAAAAGCUGGAUGACUAUGCUGCUGCCUUUCAAGGUCAUGAUGUUGGAUUCUGUUGCCUGGGUACCACCAGAAAAAAAGCCGGGGCGGAGGGAUUUGUUCGUGUUGAUCGAGAUUAUGUCCUGAAAUCUGCCGAGCUGGCAAAAGCUGGAGGGUGCAAACAUUUCAACUUGCUGUCCUCCAAAGGAGCUGAUAAGUCAAGCAAUUUUUUAUAUCUGCAAGUUAAGGGAGAAGUGGAAGAUAAGGUGGAAGAAUUAAAAUUUGAUCGUUAUUCCAUAUUUCGGCCUGGAGUUCUGUUAUGUGAUAGGGAAGAAUCUCGCCCAAGUGAAUGGUUGGUUAGGAAAUUCUUUGGCUCCUUACCACAGUCUUGGGCCAGUGGGCAUUCUGUGCCAGUGGUGACUGUGGUUAGAGCGAUGCUGAACAACGCAGUGAGACCAAGUGACAAGAAGAAGGAACUGCUGGAUAACAAGGCCAUCCACGACCUGGGGAAUGUCGACGGCUCUCUGAAGCCAUGACCACACCCGAAAAAUCCUUUUUUUGGUAAAACUCAACACCCACCACCUAAUUGGUAAUUUCAGGGAGUGAAAAAAGUCAGUGUGCUUUAACUGUGGUUCUAAUGUUUUUCAACCAACCAGAUCCAAAAAAUGAUUGUAUUCUGCAUCAGUAGUUCAGAGCCUGGUUGUACAUAUACAUACAGUUGACCUUUGAACAACAUGGGUUUAAACUGCACAGUUCUACAUAUACAUGGAAUUUUUUUCGAUAAAUACGUAAAUGUAUUUUCUAUUCCCUAUGAUUUUCUUAUUAACAUUUUCUUCUCUCUAGCUUACUUUAUUAUAAGAAUACAGUGUAUAAUUCAUGUAAUGUACAAAAUAUGUGUUAAUCUACUCUUCGUGUUAUAAGGCUGCUGGUCAACAGCAAGUUAUUAGUACAGUUGGCCCUCUGCAUCUGCGGAUUCCCAAUCUCAGAUGAAAAAUACUGUUUUUGAUCUGUGGUUAGUUGAAUCUGUAUGUGAAGCGCAUGGAUAUGAAGGGCAGACUGUGGUUAAGUUUCUGGGAAGUCAGAUGUUACAUGUGGAUUUUUGACCGCACUGAGGUGGCACCCCUUACUUCCACGUUGUUCGAGGGUCAACUGUACAUCAACCAGGGAGCUUUUCAAAAAAACAGAGCUUCGUAGGCCCUGCCUCAAACCUUCUGAAUUCAGAAUUUUGGGGUGCGGGCACAGGAAUCUGUUGAUUUAACGUUUCCCUGGUGAUUCUGAUGCCACUAUUGGGAAGGCCAGCUUUGAAAUGCUCGUCUGCAGAGGCACAGCAGCAGUGCAAACCUUGUAUGUCAUGUAAGAGUUCUGUUCUAAAAUUGUUGACAUUCGUUACCCAUUGUUGAGCAUUGUUACCCAAUGUUGACUGCAUGUACUUGUGCCUUACUACUUUAGAAUAUAUAAUAAAAUUUGUUGUGUAACUGA